ACAAUUUAUACUUGUUUUUCGUGUGGGCGAAAUUAGCAACGUUUUGCAAGGCCCGCGUCUUCUAGGGGUAGUAGACUUCGGGCGCCCAAAAAAGUUUCGUAAAGCUCGAAUCGCGGUUUCUCUUUCUCGUGUCUCCGGUUAUAAGACGUGUCCCAAAAAUUGAGUACUACUUUACGGAGGGUUUUUAGCUAACACCACCAUCAUGCGGGUGAACGGGAAACUGGAAAUUUCUUCUAGAUAAUAGUACCCUAGAAUUAUAUUCCAAAUUCAGUUUUUUUGUAGUCUCUAAAAAUUUGCCGGUAUGAGCCCGGUCCCACAUGGCCCCAUGCUAAAUCCGGCCCUGAACACAUAAAAACCAACUCAAUUAAAGUCACCGAUGGAUUUCCCACCGUAGUCGCUGGUACUUCCCGCAGAAGUCCUCAGGCGGUGAUCGCCACGCAUUCUAUGCUCUUUUUUCCGUUCAUUAGUUGGUAACGUCACCUUUCGCCCACACCCCCCGACUUUAGUCAAUCAACCAAAGCUAACGGUGACGCGACAGAUUGAGAUAAGCUCGCGUUUUUGUCUUUUAUCUAGCGAGUCACCAGUCGGAAUACUUUAGUCGGUGAUUUAUGCUGGUGCAAUAUUGACAAACGCGCGUUUCUGACUAAUUGAUCAGAAAUGCUUUUGAUAUAGCGCGCGCGCUCCUAUCUAUAAAGUGUGUGAUAAGAUUCCAGAAACCGCCGCAAGAAUGACAGCGGGACGAAUUACAAAAUUUCUACGCGAAAAUUCCGUGGAGAAUCCCUUCCGGAAGGCCAAGAUGCAAUGGAGGUGCAUCUUCGAUAAGUACGACGCAGACAGGGACGGCUACAUCAGCGUGAAGGAGCUGGACCAGCUAAUCGAAAGUCAGGAUUACGAGCGGGACAUCCCGUCGCACGUCGUUAGGAAAAUACACGCUUUGGCCGAUAAGAAUCACGACGGAGUUUUGGACUUCAACGAGUUCGUCCAGAUGAUACAGUCGUCCACGCUGAGGCCGCUUUUCGGAAACUUGAUGGACAGUUAUGUGGCGAUGAUGGUGCCCCAAAAGUCCUUCCAGGAGCGCCAGGAGUUAACUGAUAAGGCCAGAUACUGUCCACCCCCACUGGGUAUGGUCAUAAUCUCCAUUCUCGAAAUAGUCCUGUAUUGUUGCGAUAAAGGACUCAGUAGGCGACCGGGUGGGAAUGGGCCGAUUAGCGCGUCGUUACUUUACGACCCCACCAGACGCUACGAGGCUUGGAGGUUCGUAACGUACAUGCUUGUGCAUAAUGGGGAGUUCCAUUUGGUUGUCAAUCUGGUCGUCCAACUGUUCUUGGGGAUCACCCUGGAGGUGGUUCACAGAUGGUGGAGAGUGCUGCUCAUCUAUUUUGCCGGAGUUUUGGCCGGCUCGCUUGUAGCUUCGAUCUGCAAUCCUGAGGUGACGCUAGUCGGUGCAAGUGGUGGGGUUUACGCCAUUCUCACCGCACACAUCGCUAGCAUAAUCAUGAAUUGGAAGGAAAUGGAGUACCCGUUCGUGCAACUACUCAUCUUCGUCAUAAUAACGGUCUGUGAUAUCGGUAGCGCGAUUUAUGAACGUCACAUUUCGCCGCCGAGCAGCAGCGUCAGCUACACCGCCCACAUUGCCGGAGCGGUAGCCGGCUUACUCAUGGGCAUCAACAUCGUUCGUAACGUUAAGAUCACCCAUAGCGAGAAUGUGAUAUGGUGGGUAUCGGUUAUCCUCUACGUUCUCCUCAUGGGCACCACGAUUGUAUGGCAUAUCGCUGGUGGGAGCUACUUUCCCGUGCAAAAAGACUGAAUUUAUUGUUUAAGUUCGAACUACCUUUAGUCGUAUUAUUUAUUGCAUACCAUAACAGUAUUCCUUCGAUUAUAAUUAAUUAAUUAUAGCAGCCACUUACACUGCCACAAUCCGUGUACAUAUGUUGUAGGAAUA